CACGUCGUUUGAAAAGAGAAAUUCUGCAGCUCAGCGCCGUUACAAUUUGCAAUGGCUGCAGCUUUGUCCCGUGCUCUAAAAUUGCCCGGGAAGAAGUGCUCUGAGUUGGGAGAGUAUGAUCCUCUCACACAGGCUGACAGUGAGGACGACAGUGAGGAUGACGACCUAGUCCUCAAUUACCCCCACAAUGGCCUGGGAAGGGGCAACUGCACUGGAGCAAGCACCUCAGAGCUGAGGGGCGGGAGAACGGGGAGGCUUGUCGCAGACGAAGAUGGGGCAGAGGAGGAAGAGGAGGAGGACAAGUGGAGAGAGCGCCUCCCGGGAAAAACUAGGCAGGAGAAGGCGGAGAAGGGCCUGCAGUACUGGAGCCAGAGGGAGACGAACAGGGAUGGAGGAGUGGAGGAAGGAGGAGGCCCUGGUGCUCCUGGUGGCUCUGGACUCGGUGUUAGUGCCAGUGUUGACCCAGAAGGAAAGAAAGCGAACGUGAGGGGAGCCAUCCGUGCAGCGUUCUUCCUGGUGCCUCUCGUCUGUGUCAUGAUGCUGGUGCUGUUGUGUGCCUUUCUGGUUCCUUGCCAGCAAGGGGAGCUGGACCAACGACCGCAGUGGGAGAGAGAGUUUGGUGAUCACGUGGGAGGUGUUACCCCACCUCCUCUUGCUCUGUUGGAUGUCAACAAUGAUUCAUUCGAAGAUGUGCUAAUAGGAGUUACUCAAAAGAGUAACACCUCCCAUCUUUCCAGUUCUGUGGGGAACUACAAAGAGCAUAGUGUGCUGGCACUGUCUGCAGUCAGCGGUGAGUUGCUAUGGAGACAAGUUUUCAGGGAGCCUGUAGAGUCCAUCCAGUGUGGCCUGCAGUACGAAGCCCACCCAUCACCACUGCCAGCAGGGGGUGCUGCCCUCAGAGCCUUCCCCCACAGUGCCAUUCCCCUGUCUGGCCUGAGAGACAGGGCCAACGGUCCCGUGUGUCUGCUCAGUGGGUCUGCACACCUCACCGCUGUCAAUGGCACAACAGGUAGGGAGCUGUGGUCUGUAACCCCAGGAAAAAUAGAGUCCCAGGCCAUCGCCGUUCCAGAUCUACAAGGAGACACUGUUCCUGACUUGCUGAUUGCUACUUUACCUGCUGACCAGGUGUCUGACCUGUCACUGGUGUUGCUGUCUGGGCUGACUGGAGCUCAGCUUGGACAUCCUGUGACCUUUAACCUCACAACCUUUAACCUCACGGGCAAGCUAGUUGGUCCUUUGCUUCAUGAGACACAGCUGGGCGCACACUAUAUUCUGUUUGGUCUAGGCACUGUAGAGGCUAUAUCCCUGAGAGAUAUUUACAAUCAGGCUACUGGAAAAACACCCAUAUCUCCUGGCCUAAGACUGAAGGACCCUGUCUGGGAGAAGCUUAGGAAAAACCAUAACUCUUCUCUCAUACACAUAUCCAGUGGAACAGAGCAAGUCGAGUUCCUGCUCCCACUAGUGGCUGGCUUGUGUAACAACCACAAUCGCCUGGACUCUCUUUCCAACCUCAACUCCAGCCGGAGUGACUGGGUGCUGGUGUGUGGCUCCAGCAAGCUCUCUGUGCUGAGAGAGAAGGACGCACACACUGCAUGGACUCUCAGCCUCUCAGCCAUACACAGUCGACCAGCACCAGGCCAAUUCAACGAUGACAGAAUCCCAGAUCUCCUCGUUCAGAAGUCGGGGGCCCCUAGAAUGAGAAAAAUUCAGGUGAUUGAUGGAGCCAGAGGGCGUAGUCUAUGGGAGACAGAAUUUAUUUGCCCGCGCCUUGACCUGGAAGGUUCCUCGGUCAUGACAACAUCUGGUCAGUCAGCUUUCCUUUUCUGGGCUGGUGACCCACUGAGACCACAGAAGAACCUCACAAAGACAACUCAGGUUGCCCCAGGGGUGUCUCCAGCCAUGCCAGUCAUCAGAAAGCUCUUCAUGUUGCAUCCUGCAUAUCCCACAGUCCUUCUGGAGCUUGUCAGCACUACAGACACCAUACUUACUGCUGCAGUGAGUUACAUGGAGCAGCAGAAGGAUGCCUCCUACAUUACUGUAUCCUCCCGGCCUACCUCCGGCCUUGGACCUGGGUCUCGGGUGGUGAAAAGCAUGAGCCUCAGGGCAGCAAUUGCUGCAGGACAGAUUGUGAGGCUGGGAGAGAGCAACACUGCUGGGGGUCCUGUCAGACCGGGAGUAUUUGAGAUAAACAAGUUCUUCAGGCGUCUCGCCUUCAAACAACAUUAGGUACAAUAGGAUUUUAUGACUUGUUUUUUGUGGAAUCUGCCUAGUUUUGUGUCAUGAAACACUCCAUUUCCUUUGUAGAGAGUAGAUACCACUUGGUGGUUCUACAUCAAUAGUGGCACUAAAGGGAACCCACCUGACCUGUUGAAACACACCAUGACACGAAGUGAAGGAGACUCAAGCUGUUUAGAUUUUCUUUUUUGUCCACAUGGUACGAUUUUCAUUUCCAUUGUUACACAUUUCAAAGAUUUUUUGUUUUUUAAUUUACCGUAUGUCGUUUUUAUUACAUGUAAAUGUUUUAUGAAUUGUAUUAUUUAUUAAAGACCAGUCUUUUAAAAUAUAUAUUUAAUGUAAUAUAUAAAUUCCUAUUUACCUUGUUUGGGGUGUACUGACAUCAAAAUAUGUAAAUAAGUCUGCAUAUCCAGGAAACAUCUAGGAAAGAUCAAGUACACUGACUGGAAUAUUCAGCAUGUGUAGUGUCCAUUGGCACAAUCACCACUGGUUUACUAUAUUUUCCAUCGACAGUGUGAGCAGUAAUUACCAGUUUCUCUCUAAAUACAUUCCUUUCACUUUUUUUCUCUCACACACACACACACACUUUUUAAAUUAAACAAUUGAUGUCUGUGAUCAGGCAGAAUUACCUAGUUAUGUAAAGAGGGACACCAUUGUUUCCCCCCAUGCUGUAUUGAUAUGCUACUGAAAGUUUUAAGUUUCUCUAAUCAAUAACUGUUCAUUAUACUUGAUUGCUGAGGGCUGUGUAUGGGAUACUGGAUAUUGUUACGUGUAUAUAAUGCCAACCUACUGGAAAACAUUUAGGGUAAUUCCACAGUAACAGAAUAAUUCUCAAACAAGAAUUCUUCAGUGUGUUACAAUGUAAGUAAAAAAAAACUUAUUGCAAAGUUAAACCAUACAUUUCUAUGCACAAUUACAUUUAUUUAAGAGUUGUAUGGUUUGUUUAACUUGGCAAAAAUAGUUUUUUGUUUGGCACAUCUUGAAGAGCAACAUCUCCAAUACAAAGCAAAUAUGUGACUGCUUCUUGUUACCUACAAAUUCAGUGUUUUGUUUACAGGUGUAUAAUUAAGAUGCAGCUCAGUUCACAAUAAAUGAUUUUUAAAAAUA